CAAAAUUUCAUCGGAAUGCAGCAAAAUUCUAAAUCCAAUCCGCCCACAAGUGGUGGACCAAACAGUAGCCGUGAGGCUACCGGACCGGUCGCUUGCUGGAGCCGGACCAGAGUGAAGAACAUUCUCAACUCGAAGGGCUACAUCAUCGGACAGUGCAUCGGUUCCGGAUCGUACUCGAAGGUCUAUCAAGCAUUUUACCGACCGGCACGGUUGGAAACCGGUCCGGGACACUCAAUAGCCUGCAAGCUGAUCGAUCGACGCCGCACCUCGAAGGAUUACGAGCGAUUGCUGCCACGGGAAACGGUGGCAAUGCUGACCCUCAGCCAUCCGCACAUCGUGUCGGUGAUGUCGAUCCAAGAGUACGGACCGUUCGUGUGCGUGUUCAUGGACUACUGCCGGCACGGUGACCUGCUGCAGUACGUGCAGGAGCGCAAACGAAUCUCGGAGCGUCGUUCACGGUUGUUCUUCCGCCAGCUGGUAGCUGCCGUGCAGUACAUGCACGAGCAAGGCUUCUGCCAUCGGGAUAUCAAGUGUGAGAAUGUGCUGCUGGCUAGCCCGUCCUAUUUGAAACUGACCGAUUUUAGCUUCGCGAAGAAAUGUAGCGAACCGAAGGGUGCGCCCAGCGAGCUGAGUUCAACCUACUGCGGUUCGAUAGCGUACACCGCGCCCGAAGUCCUCAAGGGGAUUCCGUACGAUCCGAAGGCGCACGACAUGUGGUCGCUUGGGUGCGUACUGUUUAUCAUGGUGUCCGGUACGAUGCCCUUCGACGAGAGCAACAUAGCCGUCACGAUUAAGCAUCAGGAGCAAAAGCAGUACGGUUACCCAUCCGAAAUGAAGCUAAAUCCCACGAUCAUCGAUCUGAUUGACAGGCUUAUCGAGCCGGAUGUGAGUGUGCGUGCUACCAUCGGGCAGGUGGCCAAAGAACCGUGGGUCGUCGGUUAG